UGUUCUCGUGUGUGUUUGAGGAAAGAGGAAGUUGUGUGCAGUUGAAAGGUUUCCUCCUCUUUGCAGAUCUGCAGAAAAGCACCACAGACACAAGAACGACAGAAUAAAACACACAGAUAUGACGGCAAGAACACUGGACGCUGGACCAACACAAACACCAGACACACAGAUCAAGCCGUCAUUCGUCGCUUUCACACCGUACACCGUUUGAUUGUCAUUUCUGACCGAGUUGAGCCUAAUCUAUUGGAACCAUUUUACUCAGAGAUCUAGCGUUUUAAACUUGACUUGUGUGGACGUUCAUUGACUUCAGGAGUCGGAUUGUGUGAACUUCACUUGAUCUUUUGGAGGUUGUUGCUGAACAUUGAGGUCAUGCUGGAGUUUAGGUGAUUCUAGGCCCGCUGUAGGUUGUCUGCUCAUGUGAGGGCAGCUCGAGCGUUAAAUUGACGUUUCUUUGACGUUCUCUCGGCUGCUCUGGAGAUGGAGUUGUGGAGACAAUGUGCCGGUUGGUUGAUUCAAUGUCGGGUUCUUCCUGACAAUCACAGAGUGACGUGGGACAGCGCACAGGUGUGUGACCUGGCUCAUGCUCUGAGAGAUGGAGUUUUACUCUGUCAACUGCUCAACAACCUCCUGCAGCAGUCCGUCAACCUGCGACAGAUCAACCUGCGGCCUCAGAUGUCUCAGUUUUUGUGUCUGAAGAACAUCAGGACGUUCCUGUGCUCAUGUCAGGAGAAAUUUGGGCUGAAGAAAAACGAACUCUUCGAGGCUUUCGACCUGUUUGACGUGCGAGACUUCGGGAAGGUGAUAGACACGCUGUCUAUUCUGUCGCACACAUCAGUGGCCCUGCAGAGAGGCUUCCGGCCUUUUCCAGAUGGAGCAUGUAUUGGAGAUGAUGAUAUUUACACCGGCCUUUCAGACCAGAUCGAUGAUACGGUGGAGGAAGAUGAUGAUCUUUAUGACUGUGUGGAGGAAGAGGAUGAUGAAGGCGAUGAUGUGUAUGAAGAUCUGAUGAGGACAGAAGAACCAGAAGCACAGCAGAAAGCUGAAGUGGACAAGAGAAGUUGUUGUCUUGAGGAAAUCAGGCAGACGGAAGAGAAAUAUACCAACACACUGGAGUCUAUACUUCAGCACUUUCUGAAGCCACUGCAGGCGUUUCUACAGCCGGUCGAUGUUGAGAACAUCUUCAUGAAUAUUGAGGAUCUAGCAAAGACACAUCGAUCUCUUCUUCGUGAGGUUCAGGAGUCUGUACUGCACACAGGAGCAAAAAAUCUUCAUCAAAUCUUCAUUGACUAUAAGGAGAGAUUGUUGCUGUAUGGCCGUUACUGUAGUCAGGUGGAAGCUGCUACCAAACAUCUUGAUAAAAUCUCCAGUACAAAAGAAGAUGUUAAAAUGAAACUUGAGGAGUGUUCUAUGAGAGCGAACAGCGGCAGGUUUUCAUUGAGAGAUCUGCUCAUGGUGCCAAUGCAGAGAGUCCUGAAAUAUCAUCUCUUACUACAGGAGCUUGUGAAGCACACGGUGGACCAACAAGACAAAGAGAAUUUGCGUAAUGCACUAGAUGCCAUGAGGGAUCUAGCGCAGAGUGUGAACGAGGUGAAGCGAGACAAUGAAAUCAUUCGUCAAAUCACAACGUUUCAGCUGUGCAUCGAGAACAUGUCUCAGUCUUUGGCGUUGUAUGGAAGACCAAAAAUAGAUGGAGAAUUUAAGAUCUGCAACCUUGAGAAGAAAUCCAAACAAGACAGGUACGGGUUUCUCUUUGACAAAGCUCUGUUCGUGUGUAAGAAGCGCAGCGGGGACAUGAUGGACCUGAAGGAGCUGAUUGAACUCCAACACUAUCAGCUCAGAGAUGAACCUUCAGGAGAUCGAGAAAGCAAGAAGUGGACGCACACGUUCUUCCUCAUGGAUCUGUACGGUCAAGGCGGUUAUGAUCUCUUCUUUAAGACUCGUGAGCUAAAGAAGAAAUGGCUGGAGCAGUUUGAGAUGGCGCUGUCGAACAUCUGUCCAGAGAACAGCACAGCCAACGGUCAUGACUUCCAGAUGCACUGCUUUGAUGAAACCACGUCGUGUAAAGCCUGUCAGAUGCUCCUCAGGGGAAUCUUCUUUCAGGGCUAUCGCUGUACGCGCUGUAAGAUGGCCGCUCACAAAGAGUGUUUGGGUCGAGUUGUCGCGUGUGGACGUAAUUGUGAAGUCGCAGGAACACUGAAGAAGGGUAAAACAGUGAGGGCAGCCUCUCAGAGACAAACCAAACCAGGUCUGCCGAAGAUGGAGGUGUGUCUGGAUUAUUAUGGUCUGCCUCCCCCUCCGGUGGCGUUCGGUCAGCCGCUGCAGCUCUCUGUGGGUGAUGUGGUGGAGUUGACCCGGGCUGAAGUGGACUUGCAGUGGUGGGAGGGCAGGAAUCUGACUAUAGGAGAGGUGGGCUGGUUUCCCUGCAGUAAAGUUCAGCCGUAUUUACCGGGGCUGUCACCAGAGUUAACAGGACUCCCCUGGUUCGCUGGUAACAUGGACCGGGCUGGUGCUAAGACUCUGCUCAUGCCUCGAUCUGACGGCACGUUUCUGGUGCGACAGAAAGACGCUGGAGAAUUCGCCAUCAGUCUCAAGUUCAACAUGGACACUAGACAUAUAAAGGUGACAUAUUCUGAGGGUCUCUACAGGAUCAAUGAGAAAAAAGCCUUCAAGGGUCUCAUCGAGCUGGUUCACUAUUAUCAGGACAACUCAUUGAGAGAAUGUUUCAAAGACGUCGACUCAAAACUACAGACGCCCUACAAACAACCUGAACAGAACACAACAGCGCCCAACAACACACACAGACACAACACAGGUGCGAGCGAGCGUUAUUACGGCACAGCUAAAGUGCGUUAUGAUUUCUCAGCCCGUGACCGCACUGAACUGUCGCUGCGGGAGGGAGACACCGUGAAAAUCAUCUCCAAGAAAGCUCACAACGGCUGGUGGAGAGGAGAGGUCUAUGGCCGGGUGGGGUUGUUUCCAGCCAAUUACGUGGAGGAGGAGCAUUCAGAUUACUGCUGACCAUACAUACACAACAACAACACUUCUUUUAAUACACUGAUGUGUUACGUGAUCUGUGACACACUCCACAUCAAUGAGUGCAGGAGAGCAGCUGUGAUUUAUAACUACUAACAUCAUUCAUUCAAUGUACAUUAACAUCACACAAGGAGCUGUACAAAAUAUCUUAUUCAUCAAGAUUUUUUUCUAGAAUAGAGAAAUUAAUUCAAGUUCAUUCAGAAAUAAUUGAGAUUGCUUGAACUGUGUGAGGAAAUAAACUCCUGUUUUUAAGAUAAUCCAGUCUUUUUUUCAGUCUUUGAAAGUUUGUGUAUUAAAAUGUUUGUGUUAAAAGAGAACAUAUCAACACAAAGACAAGGUACAUAUAUAAACCUGUGUUUUAUUUCCAAAUCAUAUCAAAACAAUUUAACUCAACAAAUAUUGUUAUGACACAAUGCCAAAUGGGUUUUCUAAGUAAGAGGGAAAAUCAAUACUCUGUGGUCAUGGGUCUCACUGCAGAAAGUGUUGUUCUGUGUGUGUGUGUGUGUGUGUGUGUGUGUGUGUGUG